AUGCUCCACAUCGUCAAAUCCACCGCCGAGCUAGCCGACUGCAUCGACUAUCACAACACGACACUUCACCCCCAACCCGCACAUAUCGCCCUUGUACAGCCAAUCGAAGCACCGGAGAACCUGGUCCACGGCCACCGCGAGAUCGAUAUUCCCGAUUUCCAGGAACUGACAGCGAGAGAGAUCAAUCAAAAGAUCCAUGACUUGUUCCCGAAGGAUGAUCCCAACGAUCCACCCCCCCAGGACCACCUAUCAGACACCACCUACCUCCACCGCCACCGCAAACACGAAUACUCCGAACGCCGCCUCAAAAACCGCGAAAAGGAGUAUGUCCGCCACCAGCUCUACAAGCGCCGCAUGAUGGAAGCAUCUACCGCUGAUCUGUCCAUCGCGCCGACUUAUCCGAGACGAGGGGGGAAUGUCAAUGCCGCGGUUAUCACCAAAUACCCGGCGAAGUUGCUGAGGGGGGCUUUUGUGACCACUUGGGCGUUUGGGGUUGAUGACGAGGUGGAUGGGGACGCGGUGGAUGAUAAUACAUUACAAGCGCAAUCGAGUACAGCGCCAAUCCGACGUCGCCGUGAGCGCUCCCACACCGACGACGACGAAGACGAUGGGUCCGCCCCACCACCGGCAGGCAAACGCCCGCUCCCACCGGACUCAGACCCCGACGACGCGGACUACCCCGCCCCUUCCCGUCUCUCCCGAGGGGCCACAUCCCUCCCACCGGACUCCUCCUCAACAACAACCCGCCGCCCGCGCCGCGCCUCCUCCAUCAUCACUGACUACUUCAAACCCCACUCCCUCGAUCCCCCCUCAACGCCGCGGAGGGGACAACCGGUGCUUACAAAAGCGCUGAUAUCACCCCCGGGACGCAAAACGCAGACACAGCAGGGGAGGGGUGUGAAGCCGGGAUCGUUCUAUGGGGUUCCGAGGGGGAGGACGGCGAUGACUUUUUCGGCUCUUGGCAGGGGUAGGGGCUGGGGCCGGGGCGCGGGGCACUCUAGUGGGUUGGGCACGAUCAUCAUACCUCCCGGGCGGCCUCAGGUGAACGGGUCAUCCACGUCUGUGAAGACGACGACGACUCCAUCGGAAACAGGAGGUGCAGGGGAAGUAGCGGAAGGGUUACCUGGACCGAUGAUAGAAGGGGUGGAUGAAGUUAAACCGCCGCCGACGCGAAAACGCAAGACGCCCGCCCCGACACCCUUUGGGAGACCGUUGGUGAGUCUGCCGACGAGGGCGUUUGAGAAAUGUGAGGCGCUUUUGCGGGUUUUGAGGGAGAGGGGGUUGGUUGAGUGA